AUGAGCGUUCCGGAAGGGACAACCCCAGUCGAUAGUGCGAUGCAAGAGAGGAAUGCUCCUGGGAGACGGUGUUGCCGGAUUGCUGUCAUGGACCCAGAGAAUCUGAGGUGUCUGAUAUUGAAUCCGGAAUAUCUCACCGCAUUUGCUUCUCGGCGCAGUUAUUAUAAAAAAAAGAAGCGAUGUUCCGUGUUCACGGUACCUAGCAGACAGGUCGAAUCUAUUCUGCCCGGAGCCCAUCCACAACAUAUCCAACCCACGACUCGGAAAUUGUCAGGCAACCGUUGAGCCCAGUGGCUUUUAUUCCGACUCUCUCCUCCACCAUCUGCCUUAAUUCCCCCCUCCCCCCUUCCAGACCUCCAAUCAUGUCUGCCUCUGGAGUGUCCAACAGCUCAAUGAACCAUCAGCCAGACCAAACGCUUCACCUCCCGCGGAUUCUAUGUCUCCAUGGGGGUGGGACCAACGCGCGAAUCUUUCGCACUCAAUGCCGCGUGAUCAGACGCCAUUUGGCGUCCUUUUUCCGCCUCGUCUUUGUUGACGCGCCAUUCUCGAGCCCUCCCGGUCCCGACGUGGGCCGAGUCUACGCCAAAUGGGGGCCUUUUUGCAAUUGGUUUCCGAUGGGAGUCGAUCCGGAGACCAUUUCCGCGGAGCCAGAUCUGCGCACUAUCGCGCCCAUCAAUGAGCAUAUCCAAACCGCGAUGGAAGACGACGAUCGCGCUGGCGCUACGGGUCCCUGGGUGGCGCUGCUGGGGUUUAGUCGAGGAGCGCAGAUCGCUGGAAGUUUGAUGCUUCGCCAGCAGCAGCAGCAGCAACAGCAACAAAAGCAACUACAGGACACUCCGGUCAAGACAGCCCUCGAGGCCGGGACACCAACAAACUUCCGGUUUGCGGUUCUCAUGGCUGGACCAGCGCCCUUGAUCCCGAUGACGGAAAUAAUCGAUUCUGGCGACACCGACAAAGUCCUGCUGCGGGUCCCAACCGUCCAUGUAUACGGGCGAAAUGACUCUGUGCUCCGCCCCUUCAAGCAUCUUUUGGACUCCUGUUGUGCGCCUGACAGUAUCCGGAAAGUGGAGUGGGACGCAGAUCACCAGGUUCCGCUCAAGACGGUGGAUGUGGAUGUUGUGGUGGGGGCAAUUUUGGAUGUGGCUCGGCAGACGGGGGUGCUCCACAAUAGCACCGGAGAGCAAGGGACUGUGAGUGUGGAUAUCUAGGUUGGCUGGCUGGUGCAGGGUGUUCGUAAUCGUAUGACAGUGGACCUUAUUGAUGGAGACCUAUUGUACCUACAGCAGAAAGUUGUUUUGUAUUUUGCUCUAGGUAGACCAGGUAGUGUACCCAAGUACCUACCAGUCGUCUCUUAUGCUCUAUACAGAACAAUGAUCAUGAACAGAUGAAAUAAUUUCCUGCUAACUAGAC